AUGGCACUCAUUUCACCAACAAACAUGUACGAGAGUUGCUCGAGGAAUAUGGAAUUAAGCAGGUCUUCUCCACCAUCUACUACCCCUAGGGGAACAGGAAAGCCGAGCACCAACAAAACCUUAAUUCGGAUUCUCAGUCGAACAAUGCAUGAUCAUCCCAAGACAUGGCACGAACAACUACCAAUGGCAUUGUGGGCUUACCGGACGGCACCUAGGAGUUCUACUAGUGUUUCCCUUUACUCACUCGUUUAUGGAGCGGACGCGGUUCUCCUGGCAGAGAUAAAAAUUCCGACAGCCAGGAUCGCAGCAUCAAGUGGGGUCCACUGGAAUGAAGUCGAAGCAUCGAGCUCCAGGAUUGCCGAGUUAGACGUCCUAGACUCCAGGAGAGAUAAAGCAGUGGAAUGUCCCUAUGCGAUCACCAAGGCUUACAACACUGGUUACUACAAGAUUAUUAAAGAGGAUGGAGGUAAAUUGGAAACAGUCAUCAACGGAAAAUGGCUCAAGGCAUACUACGCCUGA